UCUGCAGCUAAGCUAUGCAUUUUGGUCUAAUGAUCAAAUACACUGAAGGCUCCAAACUGGAAAAGUACAAAACAUCAAGAUAGAUGCUAUUCCUACGCAGCAAAUCUUGAUACAAUGCACCGGAACAACGAGGGUGAACAACCAAACUCAUUGGACUUGAUAGCAAACAGGUGUGAUAUUUCUCUUCCAAAAAGUGAUAGCAAGUAGGACCCACUAGCACUUGCCAUUUGAUAUUACAUGAGGAUGAGGGGCUUAAUCAAUCAAUAAGGACCAGUCGCCACUUGUUAUCAUCAAUCAUUCAUGAUAAUAGCAGAGGACUACGGAUUCAUCUCCACCGCAAAAAUCAUAUAUCUUCAUGGAGUUGAAGUAGAAGAAUCACAGUUAAAUAAAAAGGAAAGACGUUAUGAAGAAUUUUGAAGACAAAAAGAUCUGUGUUAGCUAGUGUUGUAUGGCAGUGUUAGUGUUAUCAUCCAUGUCCCUAUCCCCAUCUCUCCCAGUAUCUCAACAAAAACGCCAUAAAUUUAUCCAAUGCUGUCACAACCAAACAGACCCUAUCAGACUAACCAACAAUGGUGCCUCCAGAUUCCCAGAGAAGAAUCCUCUGCUGAACCCUCCCAGGCCGCGAAGGAUUAUCCUGGUGAGGCAUGGAGAGAGCGAAGGGAACGUGGAUGAGACCGUGUACACGAGGGUCCCUGAUCCCAAGAUUGGUCUCACUGACAGAGGUAAGGCCCAAGCAGAGGAAUGUGGAUACAGGAUCAAGAAGAUGAUCGAGGAAGAUGCUGAGGACCACAAUUGGCAACUUUACUUCUAUGUUUCCCCUUACAGAAGGGCCCUUGAGACAUUGAAGAGCCUUGCUCGGCCAUUUGAUCGCUCAAGAAUUGCUGGUUUCAGAGAAGAGCCUCGCAUUCGAGAACAAGAUUUCGGGAAUUUUCAGAACAGAGAGAAGAUGCGAGUGGAAAAAGCAGCACGCCAGCUUUAUGGCCGUUUCUUUUACCGGUUUCCAGAUGGAGAAUCCGCAGCUGAUGUGUAUGAUAGAAUCACAGGAUUCAGAGAAACACUUAGAGCAGAUAUUAAUAUUGGACGGUAUCAACCACCUGGGGAGGAGAAAAUGGACAUAAACUUGGUCAUCGUUUCGCACGGUCUAACGCUUAGAGUUUUUCUCAUGAGAUGGUACAAGUGGACGGUGGAACAGUUUGAAGGUCUUCACAACUUGAGAAACGCAGAAAUGCUAGUCAUGGAAAAGGGUUAUGGUGGAAGGUAUAGCUUACUGAUGCAUCAUGACGAACAAGAGCUAAGACGAUUUGGGUUGACUGAUGAAAUGCUGAUUGAACAGGAGUGGCAUAAACAUGCAAGGCCUGCUGAUCUGAAUUACGAUUGUCCAAUGGUGAAUUCCUUCUUUCCCCAUCUCAAUGAAGAAGCAAGCAUAUAUCAAAAUGAAGGGUGAUGGGGAAUUUUUAGCAACCUCCCAGAGCAGCAUAUUUCUCAGUUACCUUAGAAGUUAGAACAGUGAAGUGUACACUUUUUCUUUCGUAGCAUAACUAGUGUAAAAAGAUAUAGCAAUUUUUUUUUUGUACUAAUACAGCAUAAAGUUCCUUUAUCAGCUGCUGGCUGUUUAACUCUUCAAUUAUAUGGUUACAAUUUCAUAGGAAUGGUUUGGUUA